AUGGAAAUCAAACCACCCCGAACUCCACUGAGAACCAAUUGGUCCGAAUACACGGAGAGGCUUGAGCACUACUGCCGACCAGCCAUUAUCCGCACACCCGAAGUGGUCGACUCAACCGCCAAGGAACUUACCAAAUCUAUCCAGCUUGCGCUUCGGGACUCCUCAAGCUCCAAGCCAGCCACCGAGCGGAGGGACCCUUUACCCCCACUGCUCCGGAAGCUGCUCGAGGAGAAGCGACAGGCCAAGAAAACUUGGAUGAAGACGCGCCAUCCACGGGAUAAAACACGUCUUAACUCCCUCACCAACGAGCUUAAGACCGCCCUGUGGGAACACAGGGGAGACGAGUGGGAAAAUCCCCUGAUUAACGCUGAAGAUGACCAACCAUCUCUAACAAGACUGUGCAGGCAGCUAUCAUCAGAAGUCACUCCCAUGCGUCCCCUGUUUGAUCGGGAUGGCCUGCUCCGCUACAAGGCCGAGGAUAGAGCCGAAACUGCUGUUCGAGGCCGCACGCGAUAA